AAUGCUUGUCAUCAUAUUCCCAUCUCAACCAGCUACCUUUCCAUGCAACUUCGAGGAAGGAGAAAAAAUGUCCAUGCUUAAAAGACCUGAAAUAUUAUGGCUGCAACAAAUAGCUAGCUUUGCAGACAAUCUCUGAUCUGUACCUAUGUUGCCACUACUAUCAAACUCAUUUCCUUUCAUUUUCCUUCUGACCCGAAUUGCAUGUAUAUACGUAAUGUGUCUAUAUAUAUGUAUAUAAUUUCCAUUGAUCUCACACAUAUAUUUCAAAAUAUAUAUUUCUUAAAUUGUUUCGCAUUAACUGCCUUCGUUUUGAGUACUAAUGUCGUCCCAAGGUGGUGGGAUUGUGUUCGAAGAUUUCUUUCCGGCCAUGUUUGAGAGGUUGGGCACGGAAGGGUUUAUGAAGGAGCUGUGCAAAGGGUUCAGCUUGUUGAUGGACGAAGAGAAGGGGGUGAUUACGUUCGAGAGCUUAAAGAGCAGCGCUGCAUUGUUGGGGUUGCAAGAAAUGACCGAUGAAGAGAUUACUUGCAUGUUGAAGGAAGCUGAUUUGGAUGGAGAUGGAACUUUGAACGAGAUGGAGUUUUGUACUCUCAUGUUCAGGCUUAGUCCUGAUUUGAUGGAUUCUUCAAAAGAAUUGCUGGAGGAAGCUCUUGCUGACGAUGUGUAGUUUUGCCACAUUAUGUCCUUUGUUACCACAAGAAAACAAGCGAAAAAAGAAAUUAGUUAACUAAUUAGUUAAUGUAGCUUCUCUUUGGCUCUGUUUGUUGUUCUAGGGAUCAUGCCGUUCCCCCUACGCUAUUCUGUCUUUUGUACUGAUCAUUGGAGCUUCAUUAAUGUUAGAGAAAAUUACUUUAGUUUAAA